AUGGGAUGUAACUGCAGUUCGGACUAUUCAGAGGGCGACUGGAUUGAGAACUUAGGAGAAAUCUGUGAACACUGCAACUGUCCCAUACCUCCCCAGUCAUGCAAUCCAUACACAGAUCAGCUGAUUCCUUACCCAUCACAACAUUCACCGCCUACAUCACCUUUACCAGACAACCUUGUGUUGGCCAUAUACAGCUAUGAACCCAACCAUGAUGGUGACCUGGGCUUUGAGAAGGGAGACAAACUCAAGAUCCUCAACAAGGAUGAUCCAGAGUGGUAUUUGGCAGAGUCUCUCACCACAGGCCAGCAGGGCUACAUCCCAUACAACUUUGUUGCUAUGACCACGGUGGAGACUGAACCGUGGUUCGUCAAGAACAUUUCUAGAAACGAAGCCAUGAGGCUUCUCCUCGCUCCUGGGAAUACGCAAGGCUCCUUCCUGAUUCGAGAAAGCGAGACAACCCCAGGGUCAUACUCCUUAUCAGUUAGGGAUUUGGACCACAACACAGGUGAAGGAGUCAAGCACUACAGGAUCCGCAACAUGGACGACGGUGGCUUCUAUAUCACAGCCAAGAUAUCCUUUAACUCGCUGAAGGAGCUUGUCCAGCAUCACUCACGUGAUGCAGAUGGGUUGUGCACAAAGCUAGUGAAACCGUGCCAGUCAAGGGCACCGCAGAAGCCCUGGUGGCAGGAUGAAUGGGAGAUCCCACGCGAGUCCCUGAAGCUGGAGCGCAGGCUUGGAGCAGGACAGUUUGGAGAAGUCUGGAUGGGUGUCUACAAUAAUGACAGGAAAGUGGCAAUUAAAAAUCUGAAGAUGGGCACAAUGUCAGUGGAAGCCUUCCUGGCAGAGGCCAACAUGAUGAAGAACUUGCAACAUCCUCGCCUUGUCCGCCUCUUUGCUGUGGUUACCCAGGAGCCAAUCUAUAUUGUCACAGAGUACAUGGAAAAUGGCAGCCUGGUGGAUUAUCUAAAAACAACAGAGGGAAGCAGUCUACCCAUGAACACUCUGAUAGACAUGGCGUCACAGGUGGCUGAUGGCAUGGCCUUUAUUGAGCAGAAAAAUUACAUUCAUCGAGACCUGAGAGCUGCCAAUAUUCUGGUGUCUCAUGAACUCAUCUGUAAGAUUGCUGACUUUGGACUGGCAAGACUCAUUGAGGACAAUGAAUACACAGCCAGAGAGGGUGCAAAGUUCCCCAUCAAAUGGACCGCCCCAGAAGCUAUUAACUAUGGUACCUUCUCCAUAAAAUCAGACGUGUGGUCCUUUGGGAUCCUUCUCACAGAAAUAGUGACAUAUGGACGCAUACCUUACCCUGGUAUGUCCAACCCAGAGGUGAUCCAGAACCUGGAGCGGGGAUACAGAAUGCCAAAGCCAGAGAACUGUCCGGAGGGGCUUUAUAACAUCAUGGGUGUGUGCUGGAGGGAAAACCCAGAGGACAGGCCCACCUUCGAGUACCUGAGGAGCGUUCUGGAGGAUUUCUUCACUGCCACAGAGAGGCAGUAUCAGGAAUAACCCUGAUGGCACAGAAAGACAUAGAGACAUACAAUAAAUAUAUUCAAACUAAAGUUGGAGUCUAUGAAGGUGGAUGCUGGAUUUUGUCUUGUUUGUUGAAGAGUACAUACCUUUAUAUUGAUACAUUACAAACUGAGAUUUUCCAAGUAAGAGUACUUUGUUUCUGCAUCAAAAUUAUUCUGAAAUGCCCUCUUAGAUAUGGUACAAUUACAUGUGGACUAUGAACAUGAAACUUGUGUGACAGCUGGAUCACUGAAGAGCUAACGACAAUGAGGAGAGUGAUCACCGUGCUGCUUGAAUAAAGUGGGAACUGUCUGAUGUAGCUGAAUAAGUAGCUGCUCUCCUGGUGCUCAUUAUUAAGAUGUAAAUACUGUCAAAAGGCUUCAGCUGUCUUAUCUCUGCAGUUUAAUAAAUGUUUUCAUAUUGUUUUACUUACAA